CUAACUUAAGUGGUCAAUUAUUUUUAUUGAUAACUUUUUUAUUUCACAUUCCAUCUUUUACAUAUUAAUUAAGAAGUCGGUAACAAUGGGCGAAGUAUCUCUAGAAACGUCAGCCUAUGCAAAACUAAUUCUACAUGCUGCGAAAUAUCCACAUUGUGCUGUGAACGGUGUCCUCCUUGCUGACGGAAAUAAAAUCAGAUCUGGAGCUAAGAAUCAAGACUUAGACAUAGUGGAUACAGUGCCAUUGUUCCACCACAGUCAUUACUUAUCACCAAUGGCAGAGGUUGCUUUAACACAGAUAGAAACUAUGGCGCAAGCUGACAACAGAGUAAUAGCUGGCUAUUAUGCUGCCUGUGAGAAUUUCAGAGAUAACACGGUGGAAAAGUGUCCAGGGCAAAAGAUAGCCGAGAAGAUUGUUGAACACUUUCCCUCAGCUGUUUUUAUUGUAAUUGACAAUAAAAGGUUAGUGCAACAUUUGGAGACGCCAGCUAUAAAACUGCACAAGUUUGCAGAUGGCAAGUGGAAGCCAAAAGAUGCCAACAAAGUUCUCUUCCAAACUCCAUAUGUAUUGGAAACAGUUUCGCAUUUACUACAGCGCGGGGUCCAGAAAGAUCUUAUAGACUUUGACAAUUAUCUAGAUGACCUGUCACAAGACUGGACGAAUCUAGGUAUUGAAAAACUUAUCGCCAGCAUAAAUGCAUCAAAUUCCAUCGACUGUAAGGAUAAAGAUUAUUAAGUUAAUAUUAAUAUAUUAAAUUAUAAUAAAUAUAACUGUUUGUAUAUUUGGCGGGGUUUGGGGCAUGGGGCGCUUUAUAAUCUUGUUUUGGAAAUGGGGCACAUUUAGUUAUAUGUGUUCUAGUAACACUACAAUAAUUCAUUCAAGAAAAAAAGAAAUUGACUAAUCUUUAUCUGCCUUUGGAUUAAGUCAAAGAGAUUUCAAUAAAUUCUAGACGCUUAAAUCUAGAGGCAGAUAAUAAUAUCUUGAUUGGGUCAAAAAUGUUAAGAGAACUUUUUGUUUUACACUUUUAAAGAAAAUAUUUGUAAGAUGGAAGUACCAAAAUGCUAUAUUUAGGACGUAUGUAACUAUUAAUUAUUAUAACCAAGCCUUAUAUACCCUCUUUGAUAUGCAAAGGUUAAAAUUAGGAAUGGUAGAGGUUAGAUGUAUGGUUAAAACUUUUCUUAAGAGAAUUGUUUUUGUUUUAUUUAUUUUAAGACUUUGGAUAUUGUUUGUUUAGUUUGGAAUUAUUUCGUGAAUUAUUAUGUAGUGUUUAUUAUGAAAUAGUUAUUUACUUAUAAAAUAAAUUAAUUGUAAAAAUAUAUAUAUGUGUGUGUACAAACAGGUAUGAUUGUCUAUAUUAAUUAUGUAAUGAGAAAAUAUGUAUUUGUGCUAAUUAUUGUACUUUAAUAAGCAUAUGUUAAUAGCGUUAUCCACAACUGGAAACAGACUCGAAGACUUAUUAUUUAAAUGACAUCUGUGAAUGUAAAUGUUUGUCAUAUUAUAACUAGAUAAAAGAGUAUUUGUAUAGCAUUCAUUUGUCGAAAAUAAAACAAGAUUUAGUAUGUUAGUAUAAUUAUUUAUAUCAUACAACAUUAUUAAAGUAAUCUUCUACCAA